UCUAUCUCUCUCUCACGCACCAGAUCUAGAUCACCCUAGCCCAUCCUCUUCCCGCUUCAUCCCCGGCGCCGGCGCCCCUGGCUCCACGCCCCGGCGACCUCGGCUCCGCGCCCCCGCGCCCUGGCCUCGCCCCUGACACCCCACGCCCCGGCGACCCCGGCCUCGCCGCCGCGCCCCCGGAGACCAGAGCACCUGCGCGCGAGCGAGUGCGCGGCUGCCCAAGCCUCCUCCCGGUUCUGUUCCAUCCCCUCGGCCUCCUCGCCCCCUCCGUGCCGCGCGUGCAUCGACGGGGGCGUCCAGAUCCCGGUCGACACAUGGCGAUCAGGCCCCCCUUCCAGAUCCCGAUCCCCCGGACCCCUCGCCGCGGCCGAUGCGACCCGCGGCGCCCCCGCGCUGCCGGAUCGGACGACGAUCCGGCUGACGCCCGCCUCCCGCUCCCGCGACGUGCCCGGAAUUUCGCCCCGAAUUCGAUGGGCUCCUAUGGAUUCGCCGCGCUCGCGGCGCUCCUCCUUGCCUUUGCCCUGCUACCGGACCCUGCGGCGGCGGCUAGGGUUUUGCAGGGCAAGGAGCCCGGCUCUGGCGAGGGAGCUCCUGCACCUACCCUCGCUACAGGCGAAUGUGAGAAGAUUGGCACCUCCAAACAACUUGAUCAAUCAUCAACCGCUCUGCAGAACCCUGAGACCGAUUCAAUUGGACAAUUUUUUGUAGUCCAGAAUACUGGCCAGAAAAAAGUAACUGUUGGCGUCAAAGCAACAUCAGAUAUAAGUAUUAAGCAGACAUUGCUACCUCUCAGCAAUGGUGAAUCUAAAAGGGUUAACAUAAACUAUAGCAGUCCAAAUGGUGGAGAGGCCUUACUGUACAUAUUUCAAGCUUUCCAUGCAGAUUUGGUCUUACUUUAUGAAAUGCGUGCAUUGAUCUUCAAUACACUUGAAUAAUUAUUAUGUGCACAUUAGAGAUUGAACUUAUGGAGUUUACUCGUCUCUUUCUUGAUGACAGGCUACUAAAAUAGGCGAAAUAAAUCUUGCUGCUACUGGAAAGGAUCGUAUGGACAACUAGAAGCAGGAAAUAACGAUCGAUUUAUACACAACAUUGGAGAUGGAAAAUGAUAUAACUGAUGAGCGAGCCCCUCAGAUAGAAAAGAACCAUCUAGUAUUCUAGCCUUACGCUUUUGUGCCCAUUUUGAUGCCUAGUGAAGUUAUUUUUGUGCCCCAAAUAACUGUUUCUUGUGUCCGUUGUAUGUGGAUGUGAACCUUUCUUGGUCUGUUGUGGUGCAGGUGCUGGAUGAACCAGCCGAGCUUCUUCGACCAGCAGUAGUUGGCCCAGGGACGAUGGGGUAGUAAAAGGAGCAGGAGGUUGCCAGCGUGCUCAAGAAAUGUAUGUCGCUUCCUGUUGUGGGUCUGGCCUGUAGCUUGUAUCUUAGGUGACAAAUCUUGUAGUGAAAAAAUGUCUCAUAGUGAUAUCUAUCUAUCUAUUUGUGAUAUGGAUCACCAUGACAUAUAUGAUAUAUAUGGUGUGAUAUGGAUAAUGCAUGAACAUGUUCUGUUCGUAUAUGUGAUAUGGAUCAUUUGUACUA